CGAGAGAAAAUAAAACAGUCUCUGUUCCCAGUGUCACUGAGUAGAACUACUUGCUGUGCAGUUGUUGAUGUUAUUGAGGUAAUAUUAAGCCUACUGCAUCUUGCCAGCGUGGACACUGCAGUUGUUGUUUACUGUAAGCUGUCUCAACACAGUAGGCCAAGACAGAGCCUGUCUGAGCUACUUGGAAUUUCACAAUUUUGCAUAUUACACCACAAAAACCUCAGAGAAAGAUGGACACAAAGAGAAUGAUAUUCUGUCUGCUUGUGGCAGCUAUUAUCAGCCCUGUGUUUACUGAAGAAUGGAGGGCCAGUGUUGUAAAAGAACUUGACGCCCUGGUCACAUCCUGUGUUGUGGUACCCUGUUCAUUCACCCAUCCUAAAGAGAACCUGCCCACCUCCAGACUCAGAGGGAUCUGGCAUCGUUCGACUGAUAAAAACCAACGCAUCUACUACGAGGAUAGCACGCAGGUCUUGGAAAACUUUAGGGGCCGCACAAAGUUGUUGGGGCAGCUGGGUCAGAACAACUGCACUUUAGAAAUUACUAACAUUAAAGAUCAUGACAACGGCCCUUUCUGUUUCCGGAUCGAACUAGCACGAACAGAGACUGAUACAUCCACCGUUGACAAGUUCUCCUUUGUGGAGAGUUGCGUCACGCUCAGAAUGUCGUUGCCUGAUCCUCCGAAUCCUACAUUGAGUCACCCAAAGACGGCCAUUCAAGAUCGUCCCUACACUAUCACCUGUUCAGUCCGCCAUACCUGCCCCUCCCAUGUGCCUAAACUCACAUGGAGUAGAGGCACAGCAGAUGAGGUAACAGAGGUCCACAAGGAAAUUAGUUUGGGCUACUGGGAGGCCCAGUCCAUCCUGGCCAUCAUUCCUGAGGAGAAGGAUGAUCACAGUGAUGUCACCUGUACAGCAGAAUUUAAUGGACAGAAGACAUCAUCUGCAACAUUGAGACUCUAUGUAAAACGUACAGAAAACUAUAACCACAUCAUCAUUCCCACGGUGGCAGUGAUUGGUACAGCUGUGAUCUUUGCAGUCUUCUGCAUUUUCAUGGUGAAAAGAUACAAGAAACGCAUAGCAGAACUCCAAAAUCAAGAAGGCAGUGUGUGGAACCGCCUCUCAGAAUGUCUCGCAGGAGAAUCUAAAGGUGAGAAUUGAAAAAAAGGAACUUCACUUAAAUAUGUGAAACCACACAGUUUGCUUUAUUUGUUGUGAUGUCCGCACAGUUGAACCAAUAUGUAAAAAAUAUAUAUAUAAAAAUAUAUAAAACUGCAACAAUACAUUUAUAGCCACAAGGGGGUAGAAGAAAUUCAAAAACAAGUUUCUGCACACAGUUUCAGCAGACACAGAGCAACAUUACUGUCCCAUGUUUUUUGCACACAAUUCAGAACUGGUAUUUCAUAUGAUAUGUAUCUGGUAUUAAAAUUAUUGUGAUUGAAUCUUAAACAAUUUGUCAACAAACAUGGCAUGUCUUUGGUUGAAGCAAACAAGUUCUGUUCUUCUGUUACCGAGGGAGGGCUUGUCUCACUGUAAACCCAGAUUUAGUUGUAAUUAAACUUUUUUAGUGCUCAGUACUUAUUCUUUCAUGUUUUGUUAAAAAACAUAUUCAUUAGUAAAUCACAUUUGUUGUUUGUAAUAAUCAGCUUAAGUAUGCUAUGCACAGAUCAUAUUAAGCAGAGAUAACUAAGGAUGUUAAGUUUCUGUAUGUGAGGGACGGGGUCAUUUGAACUGUUCUGUGCUGAAGCGAUGCAAAGGCUCAUGGGAAAAAAAAAUUCUGAACGGUUUCUGUCCUAGUUAAAAUGUGUUUUAAUAAUGUUCUGUUAAUGUUGGGUGUGCAUUUAUGUUACCUGGGUUUUUGAUUUGUAUGGUUGAUUUAGUGUUCAUGUUUAUCUACAUUUAUUGUUGUACCAUGACCCGAG